UCGAUUUAAUAUGUAGCCUCGGGAUUAAAUAAGUCAGCAUUUCAUGGACUAUAUGUCCAUACAUACUCUUCGGACAAGCAUCUCCGAACACGUUGGCUCAAUUCAAGCACACACUCAUGGAGGGCGCCACCGGGGGCCGCGUCCGGGUCGUCUCCCGGCGCAUGGUGCGCCCGUCGACGCCGCCGCUGAAGGGGGAGCUCGAGGUGAUCCACCUCACGCCGCUGGACCUACGCCUGAUCCGCACCGACUCCAUCCAGAAGGGCAUCCUCCUGCCCGAGCCGCCUCCGGUCUCCGGCGUCGGCCUCGUCGACGCCCUCGAGUCCUCGUUCGCGCGCGCCCUGCGCCUGUUCUACCCGCUCGCCGGCCGGCUCGCCUCCGAGGAGCGCGGCGACGGGACCGUGACGGUGUCCCUCCGGUGCACCGGCGAGGGCGCCGAGUUCGUGCACGCCGCGGCUCCUGGCGUCGCCGCGGCGGACAUCGUCUCCUCGGUCUACACGCCGUCGGUAGUCCGGGAUGAGCUCCACUCGUUCGACCCGGCUCUCGGCGCCGACGCCGCAGUCGAGGCCCUCCCGCUGGUGUCCGUGCAGGUCACCGAGCUCGCCGACGGCGUCUUCGUCGGCAUGACGCUGAACCACUCCGUCGCGGACGGCGCCGCGUUCUGGCACUUCGUCAACACCUGGGCGGAGAUCCACCGGCGCGGCGUCGGCGCCAGCGGCGACGACCCGCGCGAGCUCUCCACGCCGGCGCCGGUGCUCCAGCGGUGGUCCGUCGAGGCCUGGCCCGUGCCGAUCCCUCUGCCGUUCGGCAAGCUGGGUGACAUCGCGCGGCCGGUCGAGCGGGCGACGGUGCGGGAAUGCUUCGUCACCUUCUCCACCGCGAGCGUCAGCGAGCUCACGGCGCGGGCGAACGGCGAGGUGGCCGGCACGGCCGCCGCCGCCGCCAUCUCGCCGCUCCAGGCGGUCGUGGCGCACCUCUGGCGAGCCUCGUGCCGCGCGCGGCGCAUGCCGCCGGAGCAGGUCACGUCCUACUCCGUCCUCAUCGACUGCCGGGGGCGCGUGGAGGGCAUGCCGCCGGGGUACGUCGGCAACGCCGUGGCGUUCGGCAAGGCCGAGGCCACCGCCGGCGAGAUCGAGGAGAAGGGGCUGGGCUGGACGGCGUGGCUGCUGAACCGCGCCGUGGCGUCGUUCGACGAGGCGACCAUGAGGCAGUCGCUGGAGCGGUGGGUCCGGCGGCCGGAGCUCAUGUUCAUCAGCGACCUGUCCUCCGCCGGCACGGCGCUGGCGACCGGGAGCUCGACGUGGCUCGACGUGUUCGGGAACGACUUCGGGUGGGGGAGGCCGGUGACCAUGCGGAGCGGCGCGGGGAACAAGACGGACGGCAAGGCGGCGGUGUUCGAGGGGCCGGAGCGGGGAGGGAGCGUGUCGCUGGAGCUGUGCUUGGCUUCGGACGCGCUCGAGAGGCUCCUCGCCGACGAGGAGUUCAUGGACGCGGUGAGCUUGCCGGCGUGAGGUUGCCCAUGCAGUGAUCACUUGAUUGACAAAGCUUAUUGGAUCAACUCUCGCGGCUCAUUUUCUUUGGUAGUUCGUGCUUUGGAGUGAAAUAUUUUGAAACUAGAUGAAAUUAUGGUCGUGUUUGGGAGUAUUGAUGUACGUAAUCAUGUUUUGACAUUCGUUUUCCAAUAUCAUUUCGAUCUUGUUA